GUGUUCCAGUAUGUGCCAGUGAAUGUGACGCUUGGUAUGAAGCAUGCAAAAGUGACCGGAUUUGUGUGGAAAACGUCCUCGAAGAUUACAACCAGACUGAAAAUUAUGUAAAGAAAUGCCCUGGUGGCAUUCACAAGUGUGUGAACUAUACCACAAUGUAUGGAAGUGGCGAAAAUCUUUGUAAUAAGAUGUGGGGGAGCUCGUAUAAGUAUGUUAAAAAGAAUGGAAAUAAUUGUAUGAAGUUCUGGUUUACUCCUGGUUCAGAAAAUCCCAAUGCUGACGUUUUGAAAGAAGUCGUUGGUAGCGCGCCUGUCAGUGUCCUUUCUAGCCAGCUUCUUCUGGCUGUGGUUUACGCUGUGAUGGUG